UCCCUCACUGCCACGGCCCUCUCUGCUCACACGCACAUGCCUCCCCUCCCCAGGCCGAGGCCCAGCUGACCCCCAGGGCUCCCACGGCAGCGGACAGGGAAGGGUUAAAGGCCCCCAGCUCCCUGCCCUCUGCCCUGGGGAACCCUUGCCCUGUGGGGACAUGAACAGUGUUUGUUGCCUGGUCCUGGUCGCACUAAGCCUGUGGCCAGAGAGAGCUGCUGCCCCGGGGCCGCCUCCUGGCCCCCCGCGGGCCUCCCCAGACCCUCGGGCUGAGCUGGACAGCGCCGUCCUCCUGACCCGCUCUCUCCUGGCGGACACGCGGCAGCUGGCCGCACAGCUGAGAGACAAAUUCCCAGCUGACGGAGAUCAUAAUCUGGAUUCCCUCCCCACCUUGGCCAUGAGUGCGGGGGCGCUGGGAGCCCUGCAGCUCCCCGGAGUGCUGACACGGCUGCGAGCAGACCUGUUUUCCUACCUGAGGCACGUGCAGUGGCUGCGCCGGGCAGGAGGCCCUUCUCUGCGGACCCUGGAGCCAGAGCUGGGUACCCUGCAGGCCCGGCUGGACCGGCUGCUGCGCCGGCUGCAGCUCCUGAUGUCCCGUUUGGCCCUGCCCCAGGCGCCCCCAGACCCUCCGGCACCCCCCUUGGCGCCCCCAGCCUCAGCCUGGGGAGGCAUCCGGGCAGCCCACGCCAUCCUUGGGGGGCUGAACCUGACGCUUGACUGGGCUGUGAGGGGCUUGAUGCUGCUGAAGACUCGGCUGUGACCCUCCACCCAGAGCCACCAACAUCCUUCAAAGCCAGCUCUUAUUUAUUUAUUUAUUUUGGGACUGGGGGGCUGUGGCAGCCAGAAUAUCCCCCCCCCCAACUGUCUUCCUCUAGUGAGAGAUGAUCCCUCCGGGAGACCUGGGCAGGGGGCAUCUGUGCCUUAUUUAUACUUAUUUAUUUAAGGGGGUGGGUGGGAGGCAGGGGGACUUGGGGGUCCCUGAGGAAAAGGGAACUGGGGUCCCAGAUUCCUAAAUCUCUAAGAUGUCUGGCCACAGUCUCUCAGACCCCCACUCCUCUGGGCCUGGGCAGGAGCAUAUAUUAUUUAUUAACAAUUACUUUUUGUGUUAGGGUGGGGAGGGAGGGGAGAAGGAGGCCUGGGCUUUUGUACAAAAAUGUGAGAAACCUUUGUGAGAUGGAGAAGGGGGAAUUAAAUUUGUCUUCCACAUCCA